GUACGCUAGAGAUUCUCAUACUGCUUUGUUUACUUCCACCAGUCAAUCAGGGGAGGAAGGGCUUGUCAAAGGUUUCAGUGCUCUCAGCAAUCGACCACCUACUACAAUUCCAAAAGAGUGGUGCCAGUCUUGAACAUUUUCUGGAGAGUAGGAAGAAUAAGCAGAUGCAGCCAUACUUGCUUGCAAGAGGAAUGUCCCAGGAGAGGAUAGAUCAAUUCUUUGUUAUUGUGGAUCACCUCGCAAUUCCCUGCUCCGACAUUAGCCCCAUCAGUGCUUUUGACACGCUCUUCAAGACGCAUUACGUAUUCGGGUUACAUUAUGCAAGGCCACUGCAUAAUUUCUGGACCUUCAUUCAAACCACUAUCUACAAUAUCGACCCCAAGACCACCAAUGAAUCACCAAGGGUACGGGAGCUGAGGUCCAAAUUAUCAAACUUUGGCAAGUAGAAGAACAGAAGUGGAAGAAGGAUCAACACUUAACCAAAGAAAAUGUUGCGCUGCAUUAAUUGUAAAACUCGUAGUCAGUUUCCCAGCAUACAUCAUCUUUUUCGCCAUUUGCGGUAUAUACAUGGAAUAGCAGAUCAUAAUGGAAAAACAAUAAUUUGUGGUCAAGGGGCUUGCGCAAGAACUUUUAACACAUUCAGUGGGUUUAGAAAGCACUUGAAAAAAUUUCAUCAAGAAAAUGAAAAUGGCAAUGAUCAAGGAGUGGACUUGGCGAAUGAGGAAGACGAGUCUUUUGAUGUUAAUGAUACUAGUAUUGAAGAAGGUUUUGUUGAUAACAUUGAUCAAGAUGACAAUGACAACAAUGAUGAAGUGUUUGAUAUUUUAAGUCAAGAGGACAUAGAACAACAUGCUUUCACAUUUAUAGCAAAUCUCUCUAGUAGACCUACUAUAUCUGGAGCAUGUAUGAAUGAAAUUGUAAAUUCUGCAAGUGAUAUAAUUGAAGGUGUAGUUAAAAGUGCAUCUGCAGCAGUUAAAUCAGCAUUUUCACAUCAUGGACAGCCAGAAUCACUUGUUUUAGCAGAGAUACAGGAGCAUUUGACAACUCUUAAACAUCCAUUUGAAAACUUAAAUACUGAGUAUAAACGUGAAAAAACAUUCAGUAGGAUGGGAAUGGUUAAACCUUGUGAAAUAGACUUGGGUGUUCCCCGACUUGAGAACCAACAUAAUCAGGCAGUACCAAUAGAGGACAAAUUUGUGUACAUUGAUAUUAAUAAGACUCUUGAAAAGCUUGUUCAGCAUCCAGAGAUUUUGUCCUAUGUCAAACGCGAUCACAUCAGCAAUGACGGCGUAUUAAGGGAUUUCUGUGAUGGACAACUUUACAGGGAAACUGAUCUUUUCAAGGAGGAUCCUAAUGCUUUGCAGCUACAUUUUUUUUAUGACGAUUUCCAAACGGUGAAUCCGUUAGGCUCCAAGACAGUUCACAAGUUAGGGGCAUUUUAUUUUGUAUUAAAGAACCUUCCGCCAAAAUUUAACUCGUCUCUUCGCAACAUCAAUCUUGUUGCAUUGUGUUAUGCACAAGAUACAAAAACAUAUGGCUAUGAUGAAAUACUGCAACACUUUGUUGCAGAUAUUAAUAAACUGGCAACAGAGGGGAUCUCUCUUCCAGAUGGUGAAAGAAAGAAAGGAACAUUAACCCAAUUCAGCGCUGACAAUUUGGGUGCAAACUCUCUGUUUGGUUUUGUUGAAAGUUUUUCAGCUGCCUUCUACUGCCGUCUUUGCUUAAUAAGCAAAGAUGAUGCGCAAAACAUUUUUCAGGACCCAGAUACCUUACUGAGAACAAAAGAUGACUACAAUCUUCAUGUACAACAGGCUGAAGCUGCAGGCCAGCAUGUUUAUGGAAUAAAGAACAGUAGUGUGUUGAAUGACUGCAAGUUCUUUCAUAUAUUGUCAAACUUUUCUCUUGACAUUAUGCACGAUAUCUUGGAGGGUGUAGCACAAUAUGAAAUGAAAUUGGUGUUACAAUAUUUCAUUUUCGAGUGUCGGCCUCCAGUACUGUCACUUGGAGAAUUGAAUAAGCACUUGGAAAGUCAUGACUAUGGUGUUACAGAAACGAAAAAUAAACCAUCUCCUGUAAAGCUAGACUCUCAAGGAAAUGCACUUGGACAAAAAGCAAUGCAAGCUUGGACUCUAAUUAGGCAUUUGCCAUUUAUCAUUGGAUCCAAAGUAGGAGCAAAUGAUGCAAAGUGGGAAUUGUUGCUGAAGUUGUUGGAUUGCAUGGACAUCAUAUUUUCGCCACAGCUGACUCCUGGCCUUAUUGCAGAACUGUCAAUAUUGAUUGCAGAGCAUCAUGCUUAUUUCAAGGAAGUAUUUCCUGAGCGCAGGUUGCUACCCAAACAUCACUUCAUGGUACAUUAUCCAAGAUGCUUACGAAUGAUAGGCCCUCUUGUACAUGUGUGGGGCAUGAGGUACGAGGCCAAACAUGAGUAUUUUGGAAGAGUUGCAGACUGUGUUCGCAAUUAUAAGAAUAUAUGCAUUUCAUUGGCAAAGCGGCAUCAGUCAAUGCAUGCAUACAAUCUAAUUGCAAAAGCACCUUUGGAAGCUAGGGAGAUUGGACCUGGAAGAGAAGUGGAGGUGAUAACUCUCACUGAAGACUGUAUCCAUCUUGUAAUGGAGAAACUUCAAGUGAAUGAUUUCUCCACAAGAUUAUAUGAAGCAAAGUGGAUAAAACUUUGUGGUACGCUGUAUCAACCAUCAUUAUAUGUGUGUCAUGACAUUGAUGAACUUCCAGUAUUUGGAAAUAUCAUACACAUUCUGGUAUAUGAAAGCCAGGUGUAUUUUGUGCUGCAUGUGUGCGAGACAAGUUAUUACAAUAAGCACUACCAUGCAUAUGUUACAACAAGUAAAAGUCCAGACAGCUAUGUUGUCGUAACUAAAUCUGAACUGGUUGAUUACCAGCCUCUGGAUAUAAUCACUGAUGUAUCUGAGCACUCUCAAAACAGGUACAUAUCCCCAAGACAUGUACUGUUCAAGUAAGGUGUACCCAAGAAGUUGCAGAAUUGUUGUUUUGAAGAAUGUUAACAGCAAAGUAUUGUUACUGCUAUCAAGUCUGACUUGAUCACAGGAACAAUAUCAUAUUUGGCACUGUGGUCAUAUUUCUAAAAUAAUGACCCUCAGUUGACCAGACUGGAGAGUGUGCAUUAGCUAAAUUAGAAAUUAGUAAUUAAUGUGCAGAUUUGUUUUAUGAGUGUUUCACCUCUAAAUUGGUCUCGUACAUCUGAAUCAAUUGGUGUCCUACAGCUGAAUUAAUUUUUCUCUUACAGCUGAAUUAAUUUGGUACAAAGAAAGCAAUCUAGACGGGCAAAGCAAGGAAAGCAAACUAGACGUGUUAAUUAUUGAUGGAACGAGAAUGUGAAAAAUAUAUACAAGGGGUAUUGAAAAAAGUUCAAGACCUGACUAAGGAGGAAUUCUGCUAUAACAGUGAAACAACAUGUAUAGGCAUACAUUGAAUUGGAUAAUCUUUUCUGAUACUUAGUUCAUUUUUUUCCUUUUCAAAUGUAUUUGCAUUUUAAAACAAAGAUCCAGAAACUACUGGGGUAGUUGGAGGGUGACAAAGUCUUGCAGUUGACUUUCCUGAACAUUCAACUGCAAGACUUUGUCACCCAAAAUACCAGAGGACUAUUCGAUAAUUUUGGGGAUUCUGCUGACUCUUUUUAUCGUGAUCCAGAAAUCUUGACUAGCAGAGAUGACUAUAUGAAAUGGGAGGAAAUAAUCAAGAAUAUAAGAGUGACUAAUGACCAUUCAGAGCAUGCAUUAGCACUAUUUCAGGAGUUACAGGCAUAUCACGCCUGUUGCAGUUCCUGUUGAAAGUUGCAUCUGAAUAGUAAACAUCAAUGUCAGUUUCCUGAUAGCAAAAAGUCAACCUUGGCAGCAACUUUAUGAGCUUUAUUUGAGUCAGCAAAUAUGUAUCUUUGGUAGAUAUUUUCAAUGUCAAGACUCGGCAUCAAGAGACAAUGGGAUUUUAACCAAAUAUUUUGGCUCGAAAUUGGUACCAAAGAGCAGGUGCUAUGCUAGGUGCUAGAAUUUUAUAGUUAUCAUGGCCCCAAAUGCUAUAUUUGGUAGAUUUUAAAGCCACAAUGCAAUUAAAGAAACGUAAUCUCUUUUCAUAAAUGUACUAAUCUCAUUACUGUUAUUGCCUUUUCAAACAUAUAGCAUCCAGUAAUGCUCGUUUUUUUUAAAUGUAUCCCUUUAAAGGCUGUUUUUGCCUAACUUUAGCACGUCCUCGAAAUAAUUCCUGAAACAAUGAUCUUCUAUAUACCCCACCUCUACUCAUUUGUGUCAAAUUUCAUAUUGUUUAGAAUAAGCUGGUGUGUACACUGUAAGUUGAAUUGAAUUAGUUGAUGCAUUGUAUACCUGUAAAUUUCAAUGUUUCAGAAUUGA